AGAACUAAAAAAAUUUAGUUAAAAGUAAUACGACGAGCACUAGACAAUUCCCGAACACAAACGAUAAAAUAGCGUGAGUGAGAAUUGGGUGGGGAGGCAGGGAGAGGCAGGAACCAGGCAGGUUCUUUUCCAAUUGUGGUUGCCCGAGCAGCCUGUGGUCAGUGUCGGGUCAUCUAUGAGUCUGAUACUGUGAACUGGAGUAAUUGAUUUUUCAGCUAUUACCUGCGUCUCUGGAAAGAAAGAAGGGAAUAGUGAAACAUGGGUUGGAUUCCCUGUUCCGGAAAUUCAAACACUAAGAAGAAGACCAAGAAGCAGACGAAGAAGAUGCAGGUACAGGAGAACAUGGUUGAUCCGGUAAAAGCGGCCACAGGGAAGUUGAAGAGGAAUUCUUCUACAAAUUCCAAGGAUGCCUCUAAAACUGGGAACCCUGACCAUAUUGCAGCACAGACUUUCACAUUUCGUGAGUUGGCUACUGCAACUAGAAAUUUUAGAGCAGAAUGCUUGUUGGGUGAGGGAGGUUUUGGAAGAGUAUACAAAGGGCGCUUGGAAAAUACUAAUCAGGUUGUUGCAAUUAAGCAACUUGACCGAAAUGGGCUGCAAGGGAAUAGAGAAUUCCUAGUUGAAGUGUUGAUGUUAAGUCUACUACACCAUCCUAACCUUGUCAGCCUCAUUGGUUACUGUGCUGAUGGAGAUCAAAGGCUUUUAGUUUAUGAAUAUAUGCCAUUAGGAUCCUUGGAAGACCACUUACAUGAUGUUUCUCCUGGCAAGAAAUGUCUCGACUGGAAUACAAGAAUGAAAAUAGCAGCAGGGGCAGCGAAAGGGUUGGAAUAUCUUCAUGACAAAGCUAACCCUCCUGUCAUUUACCGAGAUUUAAAAUGCUCAAACAUUUUGCUUGGUGAAGGUUAUCACCCAAAGUUAUCUGAUUUUGGCUUGGCCAAACUUGGGCCAGUAGGUGAAAACACUCAUGUCUCAACGAGGGUUAUGGGCACUUAUGGAUAUUGUGCUCCGGAGUAUGCAAUGACAGGACAACUGACUCUGAAAUCAGAUGUCUAUAGCUUUGGUGUAGUUCUUCUGGAAAUAAUUACUGGAAGGAAAGCUAUUGACAAUUCAAAGGCUGCUGGAGAACAGAAUCUUGUUGCAUGGGCGAGACCUUUGUUUACAGAACGACAAAAAUUUUCACAAAUGGCGGAUCCAAUGCUCCAAGGUCAGUAUCCUUCUAGAGGGUUGUACCAGGCCCUUGCAGUUGCUGCAAUGUGUGUUCAGGAGCAGGCUAGUAUGCGUCCAGUUAUAGCUGAUGUAGUCACAGCUUUGACUUACCUUGCUUCACAAAGAUAUGACUUAAAUGCAGAGUCACUGCAAAGCUCUCGCCUUUCCCCUGCCACUCCUUCUAGAACCAAGAGGGGGCAGUGAUAUGCUCCAAAACGAUGGUUAUGAGGCCAUCUGUACAAUAUUUAAAAUGACACCAUACAUAGGUUUACAGACGUUAAUACCUGCUGUCAUUUGGUGGCGUUCUCUCAGUUUAGAGCAUAGGUUGAGAAGAAGACUGAGAAAUUUUGUUCCAUUCCUGUUAUGAGGAUGCACGCAAUUGCUCCUAUUUCCUUGCGGAGCCAAGAUAUAGUAUGUUUACUUGUUUUUUAUAUCUCGAAGUUACCUUUUAAGAGCUGGGUCCGAUGUUCAUUAUUCAUGUAUCUUGUCUGGAGUAUAGUUUUACCCCUUGUAUAUCUAUGAUAGAUUGAAUGUUAGACUUCCGAGGAGAUCAUCCAAUGUGCAGACUAUAUGGCUCGAGAGGGUCAUGGCAAGAGCCUUGAGACAACUUUGGUGCACCUUAUACUAAAUGGUUGUUUGAACUUCGUUUUGGAAGAUCCGGGCCACCCUUGGCCGUUGGUUUAACUCGUUCGCUUGCCCUCUUGUUCCUGUGAAUUUUCUGUUUUUGUUUUGUUUAUUCAAGCUUAGGCUUGCCUUUGUAUUCCAAAAAAAAAAAAAAAAAGUUUCACCCCAUGUAUCGCAUUCUGAAGGAGUCUUUGCUUCUACUUGUUUAUCCUGGUUCUGUUGUAUAGUUUAGGUAAAUUUGCAAGUCAUGAAGCUUUGAAUAGUUCAGUUUUUAAACCAACUAAGCCCGCACAUAUUCUUUA